AUGCCGGACACUCGCUUUCACGCGCCCAAGACCAAUGAGUACCAGUGGCGCAACUUGUACCUGAGGAAGCACGGUGUCUGCACGUACGCGCCGCCAAUGCCGAAGCACCCAGAGACCGCCACUGACGAUGCGCAGCAGAGCACGCAGUCGGUGCGGUACGACGGCGACGCACGCUCCGCGGCCGCCAACAACGACGCCGGCACCAGCGAAGACGACGACACCUUCGACAGAACGUCGCGGCGGCGGUCGUUGGGGCGUGUGAUGAGUGGUGCCACCAGCCGUGCGGGUUCGCGCCGCCCCUCACUCGAUGUGCGACGACGCUCCUCCGGCUACGACUAUCUCGAGAUGCUCACCGACCAGCAGCUCUUCUCAGGGGACAUAUUCAACUUCCUGAGCCAGAACGGCAGCGGGGCGUCAACGCCGCUGUACCCACGCUCGCAGCAACAGAAUACACGCAUGUCCAUGACGCUGCCGUCCAUCCUACGCUCGUCGAUGCAAUCUAACAUGGAUAUUGGGAGCGGGAUGGCGACCGAAAGAUCCGGCAUGGGCUUUGAAUCACCGAAGCAGGACCAGGAGCAGCAGCAGCAGCAAAAACAGCCGUCGUCGUCAGCGGUUCCGAAGGAACUCUUGAGGCUGCAGCGCGAGACGUGGCACCUGCUCAUGGACAACCGCAUCAUGCUUUGGUUCGAACGCGAGGCAAAGGAACGCGGCCGCAUCGCCGCAAGUGUGCAGCGGCGCCUCUUGGAAGUUGUCACAUGGACACCAGACAAACAAGGCAAGGUGGUCUUCAAGUCGCCGCAAGAUGCUGUAAGUAAAGGCGCACCGAAUGAAGGGGGAUCGGGGCUUCCGCCAAUAAGUGCGGCGGAGGAAGUGAACGAGAACGCGGAGCUCAUGCAAACGCUGGAGAAGUUCGCCCCGUUCUUUGCUGUCAUUUCUCCCCCAGAGGCGCUGCAGCGGCUGGUAGGCCACACGAUCGUGGCGAGGCAGCGGGGCAGACGCCAAGGUGCCCCGGAGAUCAUCGGCUUCCCGCUCUUCAGUCAGUACGCCACAUGGCGAGAGACGUACGAAAAUCGAACGGCGUGGAUUUUGGCGCCGUUCAGUUUCUUCUUGAUUCAUGACUGCAGCUAUAGCCAUGCCCACAUCGCCGCGCUGUAUGUGCUGCUGGGUCUCAUUAACGAGACGGCCCAUACCCACACUGCGGAGUGUUCGAUGAGUGAACACCAGCGGCAGAUCACGGCCGACCUCCGACAGCGUCGAAACCGUGGCGCCAAGGAGAGCACGGCGGAGUUGGUGCUCUGCCCGCUGACGGUCAUGCGGCAACUCACUGAGGACCUCCUCCUCGCUUACGAGCAAAGUACCGCCCGCACGACGCUGUCGAUGGCUCUCCACGUGCAGGACUUCCUUACUGACAUUGUGCUCGACCCUGACACCGCUUCUCGAUUUUUGAGCCCGGACGCCCUGCGGCGUCAGUGUGGGAACGAACGAAGCAGCACCAAAACUGCCGCCGAUGCACCUGCUGCGGAUCCCGGGAAUAGCGAGACGGGUGAUGAAGCUGGCGAAGAUAAUAACAGUGGUGGAGGGGAUAGUACCGGUGAUGCUGGUGCUGCGAAGAGCGAACAGCCGGAACGCAACGAAGAUGGAAAUUCGGCAAUGCCUCGCGAAGAUAGCGACACGAUGGACUGGGGCUCGUUAAAGCAGCUGAAUGACGAUACAUUUGAAGAACUUUUUGUUCUCGCCCAGUGGUUCGUGGAUGCGCCGACGGCUAACAGUGGCAUCCCUGUAGAUUUCAAGUCUAGCUCGCGUCCCUCCUCGCGGUCCAAAAAGAGUUUGCUCUUUAUGGGCAGCCACACGGUCACGUCGCUUGGGCAGGAGAGCAAGAAAGGUGUCGGCUCGCCCGUACCCUCAGAAGCGAGUAUGGCGCCGAGUGGCGAUGCCGUCUCCUUUCUUGGCCGUGCGCAGGAGCAUGAAGCCACCACGUCCAUUGUCGAGGCGAUCGUUCGCUACGAGGUGCAGCGUCAGCACCUGGUUGAGCUGCGCCACCAGGCGGAGCAGAUGCAGCGGUCGCCACCACUUUCAAACCACAAGAAGCACCGGAAGAAGCGGCAGGUCGUCACUCGUGCUGCCCCGCGCAGCGAACCCGCCAGCAUGUCGGACCUCCCGUCCGGCGCGACGCUCCUCACUGGGCCGCUCACUUUUCUCACGACAUAUAUCCGACUUCACGGCGCCUCAUGGCUGAAGGAGCUGCUGGGGCGGCUGUUCAACAUUCUCCGACGAGAGAGUGUGCUGCUGUAUGUGAACGGGUCUGACAUGGAGCUACCACCGCAUGCCUCGCCGCGAGCCUCCGUCUCGCAGCUAAGCGCAAGUGGCGAGCCGAGCACAGACGCCACAACGAGCUUUGGGCGUGAACUUGGUCGCUGGCGUCACUUGGGUGAAAAAGAAGCAGCGUACUACCAUCGACUGGAGCGGCUGGAGGAUCUUAUCUGCCAAGACAUCCAGUACGUAAUGGAGGAGUUUUUCAGCGCCCUGCAUGGCAAGCGCUCCAUGACGCGCCUCCCACAGGGUAUCUCUGUUUUGUUGACGAACUUCUGCACAACCCUUCACCUGCAUUUACUACGGCAGCAUGCCACCCUUGACACUGCCAGCGAUAAGCCCGCAAUUCGUGUCAGGAAGUGUCUGGCCCUCAUGCGGCAGAAGCGGGUCACCGGUGGAGUUGCAACCAGCUCAUGGGGCCAGCGUCAGCAGGAUUCCACGGACCGACUCAUCCGAAACAUCGAGAGUCACCGGCUGUCGAAGUUUGUCCUGUUUGACUGCUGGAUUUUGCCCACACUCAACAACGCCGUCUCAUUUGGAUAUCUUCCAGAGAGCACCUCCAAUCACCUUCUCUGGAAUGUGGACGCGUUUGCACGUUAUUUGAAGAUCAUUGUCAACGCUUCCUCUGUCCCUUCUGACAUUGCUGAUUUGUACAUUCACACCACGACUCCGCCUGUGUCUGCGGCACUGCAGCGAGGCCCCACACUCUCUGGGGAGAGACGCUCCCGCUUCCACGGUGAGGGUGCGACGGCGCCGCGGUGCAACACGGUGAAGCUUCCACCUGUCAUCAAUGGUGUGUUCGAUGUGUCCAACGGGUCCCUCAUGCAGCUGUUCCGCGAGCCGGAAGGGGAGGAUGACUCACACGAGCGGUUUGUCUUUGGCGACUCACCGUCUCUUAGCGGGACACUGCGCGGCAAAGGCGGUGACACGAGCUGCAGUUCUAACGAAGGGCGCAAGCCAUGGUGUGAUAUAUCUGGUGCUCUUAGCGCGUUGAACGAGUCAUUAGGCAUCACUGGCGGUGACCCUGGGGAAGAGACGUACGAGGAUGACACUGACGUGACGCCAGUGCGCAUCUUAAAUAUUUUCUGCGCCCGAGCCUCUGGUGACAUCUCUGCAAAAGUGAUUGUGUCUGAGUAUGAAGUGGCGCCGACGACAGCGGCGUCGUGCAUUAGCAAAGCGUACUCGCUCAUGUCUGGGCAGCAUCCCAUUGUACGCAAUGCGUGCCUCUCAGGUUACCUAGUUGGGCAGUUCAAGUCUUCGCCAUAUCUGACAUGUCUGGUUGGGGUGUUGCUGCACCCACGCACAGCAGCGAUGGUUGUGGAGAAUGUGUUCCAGAACAGUCGUGCCUUUUACAAUUCACUCAUGAAGCCCCUGAAGGAUGAGACCAUGUUGUCUCUGAUGACGUCCCUGGUGGUGGCGCGGAAACACAUGCCACUGGUGGACUCGAAUGAACUCCUUUCACUGGUUGCAUCAAUCCCAAUGAGCAAUGGUGAAAAUGAAGCUGACCAUGCUGGUUACACUGGGAAUGGAGACCAUAAGAAGAAUUCGCAGAUGGCCUCAUGGGGGACAACCACGCGGCGGCUCCUGCGGCAGCGGGCGCAGGCUACCACAGGCUCCGCGCUUUCGCAGGACAUGAAUCUGCACCCACUCCUGCGCCGUUGCGGGCCCACAAACCCAUAUGAUACGCUGCUUAAGACCGCAAACCUCAUUCAGGGUGAGAUGGAGCGGGUGCCUCUCUGCUUCGAUACGUGGUGGCGCGCGAUGGUUGUGGCACUCACCGUGAAGGCGAUGAACGUCAUUGAGGAGUGCAGCGACUCUAAGUCUUCGCAGUGGGAGCAGUGGUGCCAGACAAAGAUGCACGAAAUGCAGCGCGAGUAUCGGGGGUUGUGCUCCUACUUCGCACAGCACAAGGGCGGGCGGCUGGACAUCUCCAAGGCGAAGGCGCUGGCGUGCGUCGGCGACAGGCGGCGCCGCUCGAGCUCCAUGGUGAUGCCGCCGCGUUCAGCAUCCGGGUCGCCUCGCUCAACGGAUCGGGGAAGGCGGCGCAAGUCCGUGCGACCUCGGUCGCGGCCUCAAUCACGGGCACGACCGAAUCAACGAGCGGCGAAGAAUGCGAAAUAA